ACAAAACUGUCGAUUAUACGUGAACAUAAUGGAUACGUUUUAUGUUGGAUGCGCGGUCUCUACAAAUAACUGACAGUUCGGACGGCACUCGUGAAACGAAAAUUGAGCUUCAAGUUAUGUCAGCAUAGAUAUGAAUUCGGCAAAAGAUGACGAAAUUUACUGGAAUACUAGUGAUAAACUGGUAUUUAAUUUCGAAGAUAACGAGGAAUGCCAAAUAUUCGGUGUAUCGCAAACAGCGAUCUACUCCCAAGCAGGAACAUUCAGCGUUGAUGAUGAUGCAGAUGAUUACCUAAAAUCCGAUAUCACCCCCUCUAACCUCAAACCUCUGCUGUCUGUUAUUUCUGAAAAAACAUUAACCAGCAUUUUGAAAGCUGAAAACUUGCAUAAUGUUCAUCAAGAAAAACCACUUGUGCAACCGGAAAUAACUCUGAGACGAAUAUUGCUAGGACAGCCGUUUAUGUUAGAGCAAUAUAAAUCGCUUGCAAGUAAAACAGAAUUACUUGACUCAGCCAUUGCCUCUGGCGAUGGAAAUGCCAUUUUGAUUGUAAUAAUAUUCAUUGCCAAAACGCUGAAGCAGUCUCUGAUCCAGCGGCUACUUCUGGAGAGACCUGAAGCAGUCAACAUAUACAUUCGUUAUCUUGCUACAACCUUGCGCACAAAUGAGCUCACCGAUCUUUUGACAAUGUUAGGGCGUUCCAAAGAUGCUGCCAUGACAAACUUACAAAUUGUUUUAAAAAAUACACCCAACAUUGAAAGGCUAUUACAAAAGCUACAGAACUGCUGUAGAAUGCAUUUUACUGCGUUGUCAGAUUGUCGGGAAGGGUUUUAUGUAAAAAAUUAUAUUAAGCUUCUUGAGUGGCAAGUAGCAGUAAAGGCUACAGAAUUCAGCAAACCACUUGACAUCCAUUCGUCUGUAUUGGAUUGCCUGCAGAAUGCUUGCCAGCAUCAUUGGAAUGCUUCGGAAGGCUCGCUUGUGUCACCUACAAAUCUUUCUAAGCAGCAUGAUGUCUCGCCGAGACAAUACCAAUGUGUAGCUCUGACCACUAGAGCAUCCAUGCAAGCGUGGGAUGACAUUGAAUCCAUAGUUUUAACUAAGGGAUGGCUUGGCAGCAAAAAGUUACAGACGAGUCUGGCGAUAGAAGAUAUUUUGCAAAUUCUUCAUGAAAAUCAAGCUCCUUCUUCUCUGCUUGCCAAAUUUCUUAGUUACAUAGACGAUUUGGACAGAAGACUCAGUUUAGCAAAAAAGCUUCAAUGUCAUCGAGCCGUUAUAGAUAUAUUUGUAUUACAAAGAGAUCGUGUGGCUUUGAGUGAGUACAAAUCUAGCCUUCACUCGCAGUCAGAGCAAUACUUUUAUGCUGAAAAUGCGUUACGUGCCUCGACAGUGAAGUGGAAAAAUUAAUUUACCAUAGCGGUUAACUAUAUGUAUGUAUAUGCAAUUAUUAUACUAAAGUAAAUAUUCAUCACAAACAUAAUACUCAAUACACGUAUGUUUAUAUCAUUAA